AUGAUUGCUGAUGUAACAAAGAAAAAUUUCUGCGAAUGCUUACCACUUAUCAAGCAAUCCAUACGAGAGGCGGUCUUCGUAUCAAUUGAUUUUGAGUUCCUGGGCUUAGCUCCUGAGAAAGGGAAUGGCUCAGUAUCACUGUUCGACUCACCAUAUGAACGUUAUGAGAAGCUCUGUGAUGUAGUUCGUCACUUCCCACCUUGUCAGCUUGGUCUCGCUUGCUUCCGAGAGACGGAGAAAGGGUACGUUGCUGAUGUUUUUAGCAUCACGCUCCGAAAGCGAAACCAUAAUGAAAAGUUUUCGAUCUCAGUGGCGGCUACGGAGUUUCUUACCGAGCACGGACUUGAUUUCAAUAAGGUUCUAUACGAAGGCAUCAGCUAUUGCAAUCGCAGGCAAAUGGGCAACAUCGCGGAUCUAAUUGGUCAGAGAGGUUCUGAUUGCAGGCUACUAAACGAAUUUCUUGGGGCCUCGCCAAUGUUUCAAUGGAUAGUGGAGGCCAAAGUGCCUAUCGUACUACACAAUUCGCUGUUAGAUUUACUACAUCUCUACUAUUGUUUCCACGAUGAUUUACCAGAUGAGUAUGAGAAAUGGAAAAAAGAAAUUCAUUCACUUUUGCCUACCAUAAUUGACACCAAAAUUCUUGCUGCAUCACUGCGGGAGGAGCUAUCAACCGCUGGCUGCUCCGUUUUCACACUGGAAACUUUGGAAAAUUUUCUGACCUCGGAGAAUGCCGAAAAGAUUCUCCCUUUUCGCAUUCCUAUCGACUAUGACAGGAGUGAAGUUGAUGGAAUAGAUCUGACAAAAGAGAGUUACCAUAAUGCCGCAUUUGACGCUUUCAUCACUGGGAAAGUCUUUUUGAAAUUGGCCCACAUUUUUAUUUCAAAAAGAUGCGUGAUAAAGCUCGAGGAACCCUGGACAGUGAGAAGACUCAUAUUGGCUUGCCGUAAAGAUGUUGUAAAUAGGAUUUAUGUCCCAAUGAUUGAUGCUGGAUGUUUUUAUCUGGAAGGUAAGGAUCCUCCUGGACAUCGACCGGAUAUAAUUCGUGUGGCACGGAACAGGCAUCCUUGUAAUGAAUCAGGCUUGUUAAGGGCUAUUACUAGAACACCAAUUCUGAUUUGGGAUUGGCUCAUGGGGCCACCAAGGAUCCAACCUGAGGACUUUGAAGAGGUUCAAGAGCACUUUCUUGUGCAAUUACAUAAGCAUCAGAUCAACAUUCGCUUGGCGAAAGGAGAUCGAAUCAUCGAAAUUGCAACAAAUACCGCUACAACGUUCGCUCACGUUUGUCAGUAUUUUUCUUCACCUGAAAAAUAUCCCGAUCUGGCCAAAUACAAAAUUAUUGGCGACACUGGGCAGACUUUUGAACAAAGAUUGAUUGCACCACGGGUGGAAAAGGACAGAGCCAUGAAAUCUACUCCUAACCUCAGUUUCAGGACCACAAUCACAGUACUGACCAUGCUGUUAACAUCAGGCAUGUGGACAGGAUAUCGUCUAUAUCAAUUUUGUCAUGUGUAA